AUGGAUAAUAUUUUGAAAUACGGAUCGAUUGAUAAUAUCCCGAUGUAUAAUUGCAGUGCUAGGACUCCAAGUCAGUGGACACUUGAAACUGGGGAACCUCAACCAAUAAUUGGUUCCCUACAAGUUGCUUAUGGAAUUAUCGUAUUGACACUUUACAUUCCGAUUGCAUUCAUCAUGCUUGAGAAGAAAAAUUAUAAACUGACAUCGUUCAAAAUAAUGUUUCAAUUGGCACUUGCUGACAUUAUUGUCAUUGCCAUAAACUCCAUACUUACGGGAAUUCUAGCUUUCCAAGGAGCAGUGUAUUGCACAUACCCAACUUUAAUAUAUCUAUCUGGCUCAAUUGCCAUGAGCCUCUGGUGCCUGUCAUGUUUGACAUCAUUAAUUCUUGUUUGCAAUCGGCUUCUGAUUUUCUUCAAACCAAAAAUUGAAGCAUUACUAUUUGAAGGGAAAAAAACGUUUAUUAUUCUGGGGUUUUCACUUGUCUAUGGUGGUUAUUUCCUGUUCACCACACCUCAUGUCUACAAUUCUAAACGCCUUGCAUGGUUUUUCGAUCCGAUGAUUUUUCCUAAUAGGAUACAUGAUUAUGAUAAUACUUCACAUGCUAUCAAUAAUUUUUCAAUUGUGGCAAUUACAUGCGUUAUGUACAUCCCAUUUUAUAAAAUUGUCAGACAAAAUCUCAACGACGUUCAAUCAUUGUCAAGGGUUCAAAGUGUGAAAGUCCAAGUUUUCGUCCAAUCGUUUCUUAUCUGCGUUGCCACACAGCUUGCUGGUAUCAUUUAUGUAUUCAUGAAUUUAUUCCAAGUUUCCACAUGUGUGACUGUCAUUGGUCAUGCACUGUGGCAAUUCGUUCAAGGAGCACCUGCAUUCAUCUAUAUUGGGCUCAAUGAACUAAUUCGCAAACGCUUUUCUAAAUUUUUAAAAUGCCAGAAAAAUGUUGUAACGCCAUCUGUACACUUUGUGCAGAAUCCGUCGGCACUUCCUUGAAUUUUUGGAAAAUGAAGAAAUUAAAAGCUUU